CCUUUUCAAAAAUACAUAAAAGAACUUUCCAAAUUACAGCCUUUUGGGGGUUCUUAAUUAUGGGGUUUAAAAGAUUAAAUUUCAGCCUCAAGGUUCUUAUAAAAACAGGUUCUUUUAUACGGGUUUCUACUGUAGCUACAGCAGUGACGCCAGAGAGGAGGGUGUGGGGGGUCAACCACCCCUGUUGCCUUUUGAUAGGAGAGGCAAAAGGGGCCAAAGUGUCUUUUUCACAUAAAGGCCCUAGACAUCAGUCAUUUGCAGUUAUCAGAAGAUUCAUAUGAAAUUUUGAUUGCCUUAUUCAUUGCGACAUUUCUCAAAACUUUGCAAAUAAAUUUCUUAUGCCAAAAGUUAGUCGAUUUUACAAAAAAAUUGUUGGUAGCUGGGAAUUAUUUUUCAAAUGCCCUUUUACUCAAGCCUGCCCCCUUGCCCCUAGGUCGUUCCGGCAUCCCUGAGCUGCAGAUGCAGUUAAAAGGUACAACCAACCGUUGUCUUACAUCAUAACACCCCGUUUAUAACGACACAUUUUGUUUUUUAGAACAGGUACCAACAGGGGGCUACAGCCCAAGGAAGUACACCAAUUUGUAAUGAAUGGUAACAAAAUAUAAAUCCUUCCUUUGUCUUAUAUAAAUCCUCUUGUUCUUUAUUAAGACAAUGGACACGGGCCCCACUGGAAACCUCCCUUGAAAACUUAACCUUGGUUGAAUAACACUAAUGACAGAAAAACAACAACACUGGUGUAAUUAAGAUUUUCACGAUUCUCUUUUAACAGCUACAUAGCAUUUGGAAUACUUCUUUUUUUAGCGAAGAGUGCUUGGUUAAAACGGGGUAGCAGAAACGUUUACUUGUCAAACUCUAUUUGAAUUGUGUUCCUAAGUUCUCGAAAAACCAUGAAUAGUAGAUACCGUGUCUGCUUUAACAAAUACCGGUUCUAAAAGAGUCAAACUUUUAACCAAAUCUAGAACAAAUUCUCCUUCACUAAGACUCAUUGAUGUAAAAUCGACCCCAGUUAUUACGCUGUAAACAAGGUUUGACUAUAAGCAGUUAGUGGCAAUUCUACUGUUUCUCGGGGAAAUUUUUAAGUGUAAUGCCCAAAAGACAUCAUGAAAUCUUUAUUAAGAGACAAAAUUUCCCUAGCAACAGUGUUUGAAAAGACAAUGAUAAUUGAUCAAACGAUUAUGUCUUUCUGAUCAGUCAGUUGAAUAAAGAAAACGAGCCGCCUUUUAAGAAGGCAAUCCGCCCUUUUAGAAAGAAUCGACUGCAAACAUAGCAGCACACUUCUUCAGACUUCGAAACCUAUUGGAGCAUGCAGAUAGCAGCAAUGGGGAUGUCGAGAUAAUAAACAAGAAUAGCGGAUUACUUUCAUAAAGCUCAUCUAAUCCUGCAGUUCGUUGCUGAGAACUUCGUGAAGUCCCAUUGAUUCAAUUUGGACGUCUCAAUACUGGUCAGACGUAACAAACAAACAGCACAUUUUCUAAGGAUGAAAGUCUUGAUGAGAAGGAGAAAUAUUCACAACAAUGGAAAUGGAAGUACUUUUAUAAUGGCGUAAGUUUAGUUUAUCUGAUCAUUCUUGAAGCUUGAAAAAAUGAAGUCUCUAAAGAAGAAAUUGAAAGUACAUGGAAGGUUGAGUCAAUCAACACCUUUAAUUAGUGGCCCGUCCAGCCCAGAUUACCAAACAGAAGUUGCUGUGAGACGAGGGAGGGUCUACCAGUCGGUCUCAUCAGUUCCUGAAGAUGUAAUCGAAAACGAUUUCAUUCCUGACGAAGAAAGCUACCAGAGACAACGCCUGUCCUCGACACCAACAUCACCGGCCUCGCCAACUUUUGAAACAAGCUUUUCCGGAAUGCAGAAAAAAGAAGCAUCGUGGGUAACAGAGGCACGUGUACAGAGCACAAAAGAGCCUGUUUUGUGUGCCAAAGAUACGACCUUCUAUUUUGUCGAAAUUGCGACCGAUGACCCCUGGUUUGAUGGAAUAUGGCAGACGGCUGUUAUCUUGUUAUUAUUUUUCAUACUCCCAUCAGUCGUAUUUACCAUUGCUGGAGGAAUCUUCAUCCGAUGUAUCUAUAUUCCAAAUGCUGGUCGAUCGAAAAGAGAACAAAAGAAAGUAAGGGUUUUGAUGAUUUCCUUUCUUGCAUCACUCGUGGUGAGCAUUGUUAAGGACAGUAUUAUCGCAAUGGCUGUCGUACGCGCCUUGUUUAACCUCGAAACGACAAUUUACGACAUAGUUUUCGCCGCUAUACUGCUCUUUCUGCUAAUCACUCUUUUUGUUGCGCCAAUUAUGGUUUAUGCCUUUUCGGGAGCGAGAUUCAGCUAUGCAUGCGAGGCUUCCGAUAACUCGAAGAGGAAACCAGACAGAAAAGGAGGAAUGAAGCUGGCUGUAGAGUUUAUGAAAACCCAUUUGUCAUCUUUACAUGAAGUAACUUGCCUUAAAGAGCAGGGUAUCUUCUUGUUCAAUUGUUUUCCAAGAUGUCUCUUUCUGUUGCUCUCGAUAAUAUUCCUGCUAUUAUGUGCAUCCAGGAGCUUGAUACCAUUGUUCUUGGGGAGCUUAAAACCCCGAAACGUCUCUGUAGCGAACACAACGGCAAAUACAAUAAAACAAACCAUAGCUUUGACGAACAUGACUUCUCCCUCAUAUUUGAGAGAUCUGGUGAUUGUUUUUUCAGCCAUCAAUUCCUUCGUCGUAACAUUUGCCCUUGCCGCUGCUUUCAUGAUUAUCACCUCGUGGAACAUAGUGAUGUUGAAAAUGUGGAGGCGCUUCUUUGCAACAUUGAAAAACAGUGAUGACUUGCUUUGUAUUGGAAUGGACGGCAUUGUAGCAUGGUGGCGUGUAUAUCAAACGAUAUUGUUUCUAUCUUUAUCUAGUAAAACGCCCUUAGGAUUCUUACGUGCUACACUCAACUGCCUUUUUUCUGUCUCAAUCACAGCCAUUUCAAUAUUUCUUCUGAAGUUCAUAUCACCUAAUGGUUUCCUGCACGCUGCUAUAUGGUUUGUUGCUAUUGAUAGCCUGAUGUUGAUCUUGGGUUUAAUCGCAAAUCUAAUGCCAUGUUUUCUAGUGAAUAGAAUUCAGAAAAACAUUCUACAAGAGCUGAGUUUGAAGCGAUUAAACAUGGCAGCCCAGGCAGGAUUAACCAAUCCUGACACUGAGAAAAACGAAGGCGAAUACCAUGUCCACUUGAAGCGUUUCAAAGGCCGCAAUUUGAGGACAAGCCAACAACUGCUGCAAGAGCUCUUCAGCGUUUUAAAAGAAUCUGAUUCUCAAUCGCCCUUCUCGCUCAGUACAGUUAUAUAUUUGGCUGUUGUUGUCUUUGGCUUUGCCUCGCUUGCGAUCGCCGUUAAGGGGUUAACUUAGUAAUGACAAACGCCAACAGAAUACUUGCCUUGCGCAAAUUAACUGCAGAAUGUUAUCGCUUAAUAUUGAAACUAUGUUUUGCCAAAGCAAAACCGUAAAUUUCUCACCAACUUAUCACGCAAAGCUGAAUGUAAUCUAACAACUUAUUUGUUGUAUUUUAAUGUACCUAAAAUGUAAUGAUUAAUGUAUUGAAAAACUAGUUUUUCGUUCAUUCUAUUGCCCUGCAAGAUAUGGUACCUCUCUAAACUCAAAUACGUCAUCCCAAGAAGCCGUUCAAAUUCAAGGAUCAACUCUGGCAAGAUUUCGUUACGUGUAAGCUCUAGUUCUCGUAAGGUUGAUGAGAAUUUCUCGUAACCUGGUCAGAUUUUUCUUUGAAAGCUAUCUCAGUUCAAGAUUUCUUGAUUGAUAUCAUCAAGGAUCAAAAUUGAACGAUUUUAUGAAUGUUUCAAGUGUUUUGUUUUAAGUACAACUCAUUCAUAUGCUUUGUACUCUUUGGGUUUCUCGAACAUUCAAAUUUCCUAUCUUUGCUCUACUUUUUUGCAAAACCUUUUAUCAGUGCUAGCAGCGGUCAGAUUCAAUUAUGGAUUGCCAACUUACAAAUACUCUUAACUAUUGCUGACAGGGGAAUUUUGAGAAGCUUUUACCGAGAAGGGAUAAUUCUAUAUCAGUCUUAAGGGCAUAAGCUAAAACAUUAUUGGUGUAAACUUACAAAAAAGGAAAGUUUUAAAUUCUCAGUCGUGGAUUUUUUUUAUCUAAAGCCUGCAAAUUUGGCUAAAUCUGUUAGAGUUUCGCUUGGUUCAUUGAUAUCACUGUUUCAAAGUUAUAAAUGCUGAAAGAAAAAUUCAGAGAUCGUGUUUUCGGGUCGUGGGAACACAGUAAAAUUUCAGAUAAAGGAGAAAAGGAUUUAUUCAUUCUUAAAAGGGAACGAAGAUACAAAGCUGUGAGAAUCUUGCACAAGUAAAUAAAGAUAACGAGAUAAGAGUUUUCUACGUAGAUACUUCAUGUUUGGGAUUUCAUUUUCACUUGCUAGUUAUCAGAAAAACACAGUUUGGUCCGCGAUAAGCACCUUUUUGUCUAAACGCUCUUACCUUUAAAGGUCAUAUGAAGCGAACAACGAUUUUCACAUAUUUUGUAGAGCUUUUUUCGCUUGUCAAGAUGCCGUUUUUAGUUUCUUUCUACGACUUGAACUAAUCUAGAUAUUGCGCCCGAUAGCACGAAAAAGGGACCUUCAAAAGUGAUGCCAUUCGAACGCAGUCAGAUCGACGCUGUGACGUAAUAGGCUUGACACGUUCCUUCAGCUUGAAAGUUCUCUUUGACGGUUAUGUCUACCUUCUUGUGGGAAACUGAAAUUAUAUUUUACAUUUUCUGUGCAACUAUAAGCAAUGCUGCAUGGAGAUUGGUGCUCUCUACUUUUGAUUUAUUUUCAAAAUUUAAAUUUCGAGUUCAAAGUCUUUAUUUUAAUUGAUAGGAUCUUAUUGGUUAGCGCUCCUCUUUUUCUUGCCGUAUUUGGAAUACAAAGUAGUAUAUUGUUUUGGUUUCAUUAAUUUUAGAGGAGUAGAUGUUUCUACAGGGCUAAGAUGCAUGGAAACACUCAAUAAUGGCUCCAAAAAGAAAACAUUUUAAAUCUCAUUAUCUCAACAUCCUUAAUCUCGAAACAUUAAAAAUAUUUGCUUUUCUAAGCUAUUUUUCAAUUUUGUCCAACAAAAGUAUUGUUUGCACAGAAAAAUAUUUGUCAAAGUUUGAAAAGCAAUAAAGCGACCACAGCGAUGACGAUAUUGAACCAAAGCAGCCCCUUACAAGCCCAGUAAUCAGAUUGACUAUGGCAGCCUUGUUUCCAGACUGCCUCGUUUACAUUUGAUUCCAGGAAAAUGGCGACCGGCCACGUGAAUGUCGGGGAUUUUGAAAUUUCGAUUAUUAUGAAGGCCAAAGAUAGGGGCCCAUGAUUCAGCAAGAUCUACGACAGCUUCAGCCGAAAAAAGAAUUGUCUGCCAUUUGGAAGUCAGCUAUGAAACGAAGUGUAGAACGGAGGUUUUACACAACAGUCGUGUUGAAAUCUCAUGCACAGCGAUAUACCAGCAUUUGAAGGCCAUUUUAAUGAACUGAAAUUCUACUUGUUCCGUCUAAAAAGAGGGUAACAUUUUUAUUGAGUAUCAUAUAAUUGCCGUUUUUUCCAUUGCAUAUAAUUUAAUCCUUAGAUGAUAGGCCAUAUUGGACUUCUAUUUCUCCGAUCCAUUCUUUAGAUUUACAUGUACAUACCGACAUCCCCAUUUAAGGUUUUUAUAAGCUUUUACUCCCCUCCCCCUCUUUUUAAGGAUAUUAUCGAUAUAUUGCAGUUAUCAGGACCUCAUAUAUUAAAGGUUGGACACACUGGGCCAAAAUCCCUUCAUUAAAGUCCCACCUGUUGAUACCUGCUCUUUGCCUAGAAUGAAUUAAUGCCCUAUAAUAUAGUUUAGCUUACAAAGAUGUAGAGUUAUACAUUAUUAGAUUGAAACCUUUUUUGAUUGAAACGAUAAUAAUGCAAUGCAUUAUAGUCAUUGUAACAGUUAUUAUAAAUCCAACACCAUAUACGCUCCUAUAUUCCCCUUUGCAACUCGGUACCUACACACCUUUAGCUAACCUUAUCAGUAAAGUCAGCUGUUAGGAAGCAAUUGCGUUUUUGAUGUGUUUAAAAUUAAAAUAUGUGUUUGAUUUCAAUUUAAAGUUGCUGUGAAGUUUAAGAGUACAUUAGUAUUUUAUGCCAUUAGACUGUGACAACCAAUGCUGAAUCAGCUAAUGGAGAUGCCUUGCAAUGUCCUUCACCCCUAAAUAAAUGUAUCGAUCCCUAUUGUUUCUCCUUCCUUGUUGAGACAAUGAAUCAGUAAAUUUCCACCCAUCGUUUUCAUAGGACGCUAAGACCUUAAAUCAGACACAUUGCCAGUCUUUUGUAGUAAUUGUUCUCUCGUUCUCAUGGGGUUGAACUACAAUCGCCGAGAAGUAGAUGAAAAUUGAAUAACUAGCACUGCUAGCACGCACCAUAGAAAGUUAAGAAAAGUUAAAGCACUCGUGCUAAGUAGCAAAUUUUAGGGCUUUCCCUUUGAGUUCUCUCCAUCCACCCUUUACAACGCUGGCAAACCCCGAUUUCAAUAACACUAACAAGAAUUUAUAAACAAUGUUGAUACAAGAAGUUUGCUUUUAACGGCUGACUGCCAAGUAUUCCCCUUACCACAACUUCCCCUCUCUAUGCAGACACGCCUAAUCAUUUAUCAGAGCUUAUGGUGCAGAAAAUUGGUCUUGCAAAGCAACCUUGGCUGCAACACUCUGGAUACAGAGGGGCUUUUGAGUUUGCAAGGAUUUCCACAGAGGGUGUUGUCUCUACGGCAAAUAAAGAAGUUGCUUUUAAGUGUCGUUGCUAUUAUUUCUUUACGUGAUGUAUUCAGUGCUCGAUUCCAAAGGAAGUUGGUAUCGUUAACAUCAGUACCCCCUCUGGCUACGGACAUGCUAACCAUUUUAAAUGUCAGCUGCAGGUUCCAAGAGAACACGGGGUAUUUAUGCAUUCCGGUAGGACAUAGUGACUUCUCCGUUGUAAGAAGAAAGUGCCGGAUGCAUUAAUAUCUUAUUUCAGAAGAAAGUUUAUGUGUAAAACUAAUUGAUUACCAUAGACGAGACACUUUUCUUUAAAGAGAGGGAUGACUUUACACUAAGCAAAAGCAAUAUCCUUUUAAGUUCGGCUAUGUACUGAAUGUUGAGCGAGGAGAGAACCUCCCCAGUUGAGCCUCUAGCUUUACAAAUCGUCUAUUGAAUUUCUUUUGUUAAAUGUGAGAAGUCUUUGAAUUGGUAGUUUGCUCAAGAGAAGUAUUUUUUGUAGCUUCGUUAUUCAGCCGAUUUUUUCGUUGAAUUGUGAAAUGAUGAACUGAGACAUUCACCUCUUCGUGUAUAUUUUUUGUUUAUUUUUCCUGCUUUUCCUAACUUGGAAAAUUGACAAUUUUCGCAAGCCGGUCACUACAUUCCUUUCUUUACACAAAGAGAGCCUUUUGUCUCCGAUUGAAUAGGCAGUGUUUCAACUAAAUGUUGCAUUUUUGGCAAAAGUAUACAUUGUAUCAAUUUAUACGUUAUACCACAGGAUGCAGGAGAUUGUGCUCUUCCUUCUGGUCUUUUCGCUGGGACGAUCGGACCAUUUUUGGCAAAGUUAUUCGACUUUUUCUCAGUUUUGACCGAGGGGGAUUCAGGAUUGCACAAAGCAGUUCAGAAAAAACAAUAGGCUUGUGAUUCCCAGAGUUUGUAAAGAUCUCAGUUUUUGGUGAUUUACUCCUAAACUAUAAUAGCUAUGAAUUUCUAGUUUAAUUCAUGAGACGGGCCGUUCGAUGCUCGAUUUUUUGAGCCAUUCCCCGUAUUUUUAGGACCAGUUUUAGCCGAGUUAUUAAGGAUUUUGUCUCGAAAAUCGCCAAAAAACGGUUUUUUGGACUUUAAAAAUCGAAAACAGCUGAUAAAAAUCUGCUGAUACUUUCUAAAAAUCGAGGCAAAAAUCACCUAAAUUCUGAUAUAUAGCUUUCUCUGUUUGAAGCUCGCGUUUCUUUUUAAAAUCGAUUUUUCUGAAAAGGUCACUUUUCAAAUUUUCUCAAAUUUGCAUCGCAGCGUCAAGGCCUGUCCAAACCCGUAGAUGCGGUGGCGGGCGACACUUUUUACUGAAAAACGGUAUUUUCUUGGAGUUUUAAAGCGGGGGUAAGCAUUUAACGUGCUAAACAUGCACUUUAAAGUCGCUUUUGAUGCGAUUUUAGCGUUAUUUCUUGGUUUCAAAACAUUUUGAAAAAAUUUAGUACAUGUCACUAGCCGCCCGUAGCCCUUCAGGCUUUAAUGGAGAGAAACACAUGAAAAUCACUCGAUUUUCCCAUUUUAAGCGUUUGAGUCGAUAAACAGCCGUCUACACACUCUCUUCUUGCAUGUUGAAUCUGUUUAAUCUUUUACAAAGGGAUUAAUUGCAACAAAAUCUUUGCAACUUCACUUUUCCUCGAUAUGAAGGUCUGGGAAUCCCCUUCCAUUGGCAU